AUGUAUUAUUUAUUCUUUAUAUUUGCGAUAUUGCUAUUAUCGACUGUUGAUGGUCAACAGUGUCGAGCGAGAUUCAAUCAAACGAUUAGUGGUCAAUGUUCAUCUAUUGAUAAUUGUCGAGGAACUAUAUUAACAACUAACUCAUGUCAGCAGCAGCGUUGUUGUAUUCCUACUACGUCACAAUCAACACCAGCAGAAUGUAUUAGUGCUAAUGACUUCGACGCUUUGUAUAAUACAUCUCGUGCUAACUUUCUUCGAACUAUCCUAAAUAAUGGAAUCAAUUUAGCUGGCAUAUGUCGCAACUGUCAAGCAAAAGCUGCUUUUCUGGCUGUAGCAGCAACGAUGACAGAGAAUUUUCAAACUGAUGAAGCUACUAAAAAUGAUGUACAAUUAGCUUCUGAUGAUAAUAAAUAUGGAAAUUCACAACCAGGUGAUGGAUCUCGUUUUCGUCGACGAGGAUUUUUUGGUCUUCGUGGAAAAGCAAUGUAUCAAAACCUACAAGCAUCGAUGCCACAAUAUCAAAGUCUAAGCAAUCCCGAGUCAGUAGCGUUGACACAAAAUGCAAUUAUAAUUGCCGCAAAGCUAUGGAUUAAUCCUGAUUUGAUGAGUGAACCAGCUUUAACACGUUACGCUGAUGGUUCAUUUUAUGGUUUUUCAAUGUUAUGGUAUAAAUUGAACGGAGAUAUUGAACAAUUAUCCAUAGGUGCCAAAUAUUAUUCAAAAUUUCUUCGUCAAUUGCAGUGUGGCGGUGAUUUAUAUCCAGGACAAGGACCAACUUGUCACUAUAAUACUACACAUCAAGGUACAUGUUCCGCAGAUUGUAUUAAAGGCUUGGAAGAUUCAAGUACAUAUUGUGGCUGCAGUAGUCCAAGAGGUCAAAAAUGCCCGAACAGCCCAGCACAUAUUCGAUGUUGUUUGGAUACAUGUUCACAAGAAUUAAAAAUGGAUUUGGGUUUUGUUCUUGAUGCUAGUGGUAGUGUUGGUCGCAGUAACUAUCAACUACAGCUAAAAUUUACACAAGAUUUACUUCGACGUGUCAAUGUUGGCUUAAAUAAAACUCAUGUGGGUAUUAUCAAUUAUUCUGACGAUGUUCAGACACUGACUUGGUUGAAUACAGAUUACACUCUCGAAGAAAAACUUAGACGAGUUAAUCAAUCGGUAUAUUAUGCCAGUGGUACAAAUACUGCUCGUGCUCUUCGACAGGUAGAUACAGUUUUUUCAUACCAACGUGGUCGUCGACAAUCAAAAGAAGGUGUAACGCCUGUGAUAUUUGUAAUCACAGAUGGAAAAAGUGAUAAUCAAAGUGCAACAAUUGGAGCGGCGAAUGUUUUAAAACAAAAAGGUAUCAUUUUGGUAAGUGUUGGCGUUGGCAAUGGACCCAAUCUUGGUGAAUUACAUGCCGUUUGCUCCCCACCGGCAAGUGAAAACUAUUUUGCCAUGUCGGAUUAUACUGCACUUGAACAAAAACUAAAUCAAUUCACAUCUAAAUCAUGUUCGGAACCAGCAUCUGUUUCCUCGAAUAUAACUGUUACGAUCGAAAUCAUUAAAGACAAAUACAAAUUUCUAAAAGUUGAAAUUGUUACAAUUGGAAACAAGAUUUUGAUAACUGUUACACUAUUCAAUGGUAAUGUGAAAUUAUUUUACUCAUUUACAAAUCGUAAUCCAAAGGAUCCAGCUGAGUUUAUCGAUUAUGAGACAAGAAGUGACCUUGAUCUAUCACGCUGGACGCAGGUUAAGUCAUAUUUUCAGCGAUCGUCAACAAAAACAAGCACAGCUAAAAAUGGUCAAGUAACAUUGAUUGUCGACAAACCAGAUAAUAAUGUAGAUUUUGUCUAUAUUGGUAUCAAAGGCAUAGAGGAAAAUAACAAAUUUGAAAUUAAGUUUGAUGAUUGUGCCGAAGUGAAUUGUAAAACUUCAAAUACUUCAACAAUGAAACUAAGUAUUGUUUUGGUGAUUUUUCUCUGGUUUGUUUGUACUUUGAACAAAUCCUAA